GAACCAUUUUGCUAGUUUUCGAGUAUAAACCAGAAAAUGGUUGAAUAAUUUGAUAUCGCCAUUUUGAAAGCGGCAAUUACAGCCGGACGCCCAUUAAGCAAAUUGUUUUCUUCCGCGGAACAGCAUCCAGUUUACAGAAAAAUCGGUUCUGGAAAUCGUGGAAACUUCGGAUUUGUAGGAGAUGGAGAAAGGGUACCGAUUGGAUGACGCCGGUUUAGGCACGACAGAUACACCAACAACAUUCAAUAGGGCGAGGACUCACUCACCGGUCCAUCGUUAUCAGCCACAGCUAAUGGAAGUACAAAAGGAAUUGUGUUUCACACCAUCCGGAAGCAGCUGGAACGGGCCGGAAUGUAUGGAAAACAUCACCAGCGAGUCAAAGGUUAUUCGCCAGACCCGCCUCCUCCACCCUCACCCCGUUAAGGAUAGCAGACUAGUGAUUAUUGUAUUGGCCAUUCCGCAAGAGGCCAUCCAUCCAUCCCAUCCCGGUAGCGCUCGUGGGGGAACUUUACUUUUGCUUAAAUUAAAAGGCUAUCAAAUGGGUCAUAGUUUAUAAGUAUUAUCAUAGUUUAUAAGAAAUAAAAUAAUUAUCCUGAUGACUCUUGUUCAUCU